AUGCCUUUCGCCGUGCUUCCAGCGCAAAUCUGCGACGUCGAGCCCGUCUAUGACGUCUAUUUCGCGGCAUUCAAGAACGAGCCAAUCAUAGAAUUCCUGUUCCCGGGCGGAGGGGAUCGCAAGGCCCAUACGGCAGGGACGGUCCAAUGGUGGAACCAUGAUCGGAACGGAUAUACCGUCAAGUGCGUCGAUACCGACACGGGCAAGAUCGUGGGCAUGGCAAGCUGGGACAUCUUCUGGAGGCCGGGAGAGGAGGGUGCCUGGCCCAAACCCGAUGGCGCGGUUUGGCUGGAGGGCGAGCAGAGGACGAAGGCAGAGGGUGUCUUGGUCCCGCUCUGGGAGAUGCACGAGAAGCUGUUCGGCAAAAACAGACAUGUUUAUCUUCCCACAAUGGCAGUUGACCCGGACUGUCAACGCCGAGGCGCAGGUCGCUUACUCAUGCAAUGGGGUAUCGACAUAGCUGAGAAACUCGGGCUUGCGAUAUAUCUGGAGUCAACGGAGGCCGGACUACCGCUCUACAGCCGUAUGGGUUUCGAGAGACUGACCUAUGUCCACAUGAUUCACAAGGCGGAAGUUGCUGGGACGGAGGAGGAUGUCGAGGUUCCAUUGAUGGUGAAGAUGCCGAGCAAAGCGAAAGGGAUGGCUUUCGAGGACUGGGCCAAGAGAGGCUACCCCUAA